CAAACGGCCAUGACAGGUUCCUUAGCAAGUGCUGGAUUUGAAUCUCUCGAUAUGAGCAAUUACUCUCCGUGCACCAAGUCGCACUGCGUCAAGCCUCGCAGCCAUAUCGGGCCCGCCUUGCAUCCGAUGUGCACGCGGGAUAUUCUGCAGCGGCCCUUAUGCAAAUCACCCUCCGCACCGGCUGCGCGGCUUGCAGCAGCGUGCAGAAGCUUGAUGCUUCGGUAACCCCAUGUAACCACGGGCCCGGCAAAGUAAAAGAUCUCCCCUCACGACCACUCAGAACUGAUGGUUUGAGAGAGCUGCACAUCAAUGUGCCACUAAACCGACUCGCUUCUUUUUAUCGAUCCUUCGUACUUGGGAAUCUUCUUAAUUAUGGCCCCGCCUGUUCUCUGGUGCCAUUCCAGAACAAGGCCUCACACCCUCUUUUCGUGGAACUUCUUCGGCCUCAAAAUUUAGAGAAUUGCAUCUCUCUGCUCUAUUACACCCUCUUGGGGGGCUACUCGAACAUCCAGCCAAUGGUGUUCAUGCUGAUACUGUUUCCGUCUCAAGCAUCAGCCAGUCAAAUGACUGCCCCAAGUCUAUCGAUCGAUUCCUCGCAACGCUGUUGUGCGACGGUGGCGUCACUGCAUGUGACUAUGAUAUGUAUAUUUUGCGUUACUGGGAUCUUAAUCCCGCCUAUUGAAGGCAUUAUUAUGCAUUUGUGUUAUGGCGACGGGUUCCAAACUACAAUGCCGUCGAGAGACUGUCUCUCCCCUUGUUUCACGCUGAGGCAUAUUCCAUCAUCCGCCCAAUUAAUUGCUUGUUCAACCAAGUACACACCACCAGUGACUCUCGUUUAUGCGUGCCAAGAGCGCUAUGUGAAUCACUAAUGCCUUUUGCCGAGGCGGUUUCGAUGCGUUUCGGAGUGUGUUCAUCGCUUUUUUUGUUGGUGAAGGCCUACGCUUUCGAGAUGGCCCCACGUUGAUGCUCAUGAAUAGAUGGUUCCAUGGCAAAAUAUCUGAAGCUUCAGGGUUUUAGUAAAACACUUCGGUGCUCUUCUUUGGGGUUUUUUUUCUUUUUCUCUUUCUUUUCUUUUCUUUUUUUUUUCUCUUUUUCUGCCAAAAUGGUUUGAGUUACUUCAUUCUUGCAAAUUGGUGACAUUUCGAUGAGAAAGAUUGGUAGCGGAGCUGCAGCCGAUAGGACCCUUUCAUAUGAUAACAGACAAUAAGGCUUAAAAAUUGA